AUGAUCACCGCAUCGAGACCCCCAUCGGUGCAUAGCAUGGCGACUACGGAGUCGGGUGAUCCGCUUGCCAUACUUCUCCGCCCGCCCGCGACGGAGAGCGACGUAGAUCGUGCUGCGAGGCUUAUGAGAGAGGCGGAGGCCAAGAGGAUCAGCGACAGUAUCGACGAGGAGCUCAAGCAGGAGAGAGAGAGGUACAAGAAGAGCAAGCAGGAUGUCAAGCUUCUUCUGCUUGGCCAGGCGGAAUCCGGCAAGUCCACUCUGCAGAAACAGUUCCAACUCAUGUACAAUCCCACGUCCCUGGAGGAUGAACGUCUCUCUUGGCGUAUCGUCAUCUUCUACAAUAUCGUCAAGCCUGUUCUCCGCAUCCUAGAUGCACUCGAAGUAUAUGGAGACGGCGAAGAUGAGGAUGACAUGGCUUCAGAGAAAGUCUCUGGCUCUCCGGAGAGUCGGAUGCGUUUCGGUCCUCCUCCCUCCAGUCCCAGUCCCAGCCCGGAUUCGCACGACGGUCAUCUGUUGGAUAACCCAGUAUCGUCGCUUUCUGCCUCCAAUUCGGAGAACCAGGUUGCGACUCUCCGUCUUCGCCUUUCACCUCUUACGUCCGUCGAGUCCUCGCUCGCUAAUCGUCUUUCCGGUGGUAUCGCUGUCUCAGGCUCUGGGAAGGGGAGCGUGUACGUUCGCUCUGGUUGGCAAGCGCGUGGCCUUGGUUUCAGUUUGGGAAAGUCGAGGGAUCGCAGGAAAGGCCGGUUCAGUUUCUCUGGAGGACGCGGUUCCAUCGACAAGUCGCGGGACGACCGUGAUGAUGUCAGUAUCACUCAUUCGAUAGUGGAAGAGAAGGAUCAAUUGGCGGAGGAAGUAGCAUCAGUCCUCAGUUCCUGCAAAGAUGACGUGAAGGAGCUUUGGAGCUUGCCGGCUGUCAAGAGACUGCGUGACAAGAGAAAGGUCAGAUUGGAAGAGUGGGCGGAGUAUUUCUUUAAAAGCAUUGACAGAGUAUCCUCCACUGGCUACGUGCCGACCACAGAUGAUAUUCUUCAUGCCCGUAUUCAGACAAUGGGCGUUGCGGAGCACGUUUUUGACGUCCCGUUACACGGACGAAACGUCACUUGGCACCUCUUUGACGUUGGAGGCGCACGAGGCCAGAGGCACACAUGGGUUCCCUACUUCGAUGACGCCACUGCGAUCAUUUUCAUGGCACCAGUCAGCGCCUUCGAUCAGUAUCUUGCCGAAGAUCCCCGCACGAACAGAGUUGACGACUCUCUGCAGCUCUUUCGCCAGAUCUGUUCUAACCGCCUCUUGAAGAAUGCUCAUCUAGUGCUAUUCCUGAACAAGACAGACGUUCUCAGAGAGAAGCUUGGGAAGGGCACGAGAGUCAGCAAAUACAUUACAUCUUACGGUGAUCGGCCCAACGAGUUCGAGCCCGUAGUCAAUUACUUCGUCGCGCACUUCACUCAGGUACACACGCGUAACAAUGAGAACAACCGUGUGCUCUAUACCCACUUGACCAGUGUCGUCGACACAAAAGCGACGCAGAGCAUCAUCACGAACGUCCGCGAUUCUAUCUUCCGCGACUAUUUGAAGUCGGCCGCGCUCGUCUGA